AUGUCCGCAAUUUCGUUACAAGCCUUCCGGCCGACCGCGGAGAAGGUGUACCACGUGGACGUGCACCCCACGCUGCCGUGGAUCGUCUCAUCGGACGGCCACGAUAACGUCGUCGUAUGGGACUGGGAACACCGCCAGGUGCUAUACGAGGUGAACGCGGGGGGGGUGGACGAGCGCCGUUUGGUGGACGCGCAGCUGCAGCGCAUCGCCGAUGGGGAGGAGCAUGCCAAGACACGGUCGUCAGCAGUGGGAGCAGAGGCCAUACGAGGAGGAGGAGUGAAGGACGUUAAGUUUUAUGACGACGAUGUUCGCUUUUGGACUGGAGCCAUUGCGCGGGCGGCAGUAGCCGAAUCCCCCACCGUUACAUCUGCCGGCCUCCUUGUGCCGCCCAUCGGCGCCGCCCCGUCCGCGGUGCGCGGGCGGCGGUUCUUGUUUGUAUGCUGUGACAACAAGGCGAUUGUCGCCGACCUUGUGACGAUGAGAACAAAAGACAUCCCCAAGCUGCUGCUGGACAACCGCUCUCCGCUUUGUGUGGAGUUUCUACCUCGCUCCAGUGCGCUGGGCGACGGUCCCUUUGCGUGCUUUGGAGGGCCUGAUGGAGCCAUUCGGGUGCUCUCCCUCGCAACCUGGCAGAUAUCGCGCAAGUUCACAGGAGGGCACAAGGGCGCAGUGCACUGCCUGCUGCCCUUUAUGGCGGGCAAUGGGGAGAUGAUGCUGGCAUCAGGAGGAGCGGACGGGACUCUCGUCAUGUGGGGGGCGGACUCACAAGCAAGCGCAGCAAAGGAGGUGGCGCCCAAGAUCACUCUCCCCAAGGCGCAUGACGGGGGGGUGGUGGGGAUCAGCCUGGCGCGCAUCCACGGCGCUGCCCCCCAUCUGGUCACGUGCGGCGGUGACAAGGCCGUGGCAUUCUGGGAUACCACCAUGUUCCGGGAGGUGCGGCGGAUGAAGCAUGCCAUUCCCAAAACCGUCUGCCACACCAUUGCCAGCUGGCGCCACCCGCGUGUGCCAGCUGUCGAGGUGCUCGCCUGCGCCAAGGACUCGCACGUGUGGGCGUUGGAGGCAUCAGGGGGCAGCAGGCCUAUCUGCGACCUCUCCACCCACGCACCCCCCACUCCCCAGUUGGCAGCAGGCAAGAAGCUGAAGAUCUACUGCAUGAUGCCGCACAGCCUACAGCCUCAUCUGGUGGUGUGUGGCACCAACGUGGGGGUGAUGCUCAUCUGCUUCGACCGCACUGCCGUGCCCCCUGCAGCCGCUCUCCCCACACCCCAGGGAUCCAGGCAGCACCAGGUGGCGUUCUGCCUGGGAAGGGGGUUGAACGCGCUCGCCUUCCAGCUGCUAACAGCAGGGCAGGUUGGGCCUGGGGCGGGUGUGACUGUGGCGGGGGGCGGGGGCAGUGGCAGUCAGAGGCCCGUCACUCCCGCUGGAGUCACACGGGUGGAUGCGCUUGAAGCUGCCGUGCCUGAGGUGAAGCAGGAGAGGCGGAGAGCAGUACCUGUUGCACAUGAGAGCUACUCGCACCUCUCUGUCAGCAAGUCCGGCAAAUAUCUUGCAGUGCUGUGGCCAGAAGUCCCUUUCUACAGCGUGUACAGCACAGAGGACUGGGGAGUUGUGGACUCGGGCACGGCGCGCCACUUCGCCUGGGACACAUGUCAGGACCGCUUUGCCAUCCUGGGAGGGGCCGUGGUGCCCAAGGUGCAGAGCAGCUCUGCCAGUUCAGGCAGGCACGGGUUCAGAGGGCGAAGCAAGAAGGAUGCCAAAGAGGCAGAGGCGGCAGCUGCGGCUGCCAUGGCUGCUGCAGCUGCAGCUCUGGCCGGGGCGACUGUGGAGGUCCGGCAGAUCCGGAAGGAUGGGAAAGUGCAGAUCAUGUGCACAUCCAUUGAAUCUGGACGCCGCGAGCAGGUCAUAGGGCUCUUCCCAGGCGCGCUGCUGGGAGUGGCCUAUCGCAUGCCCAAGAAGACAUCUCUGCCAGGGCUGGAAGACAUUCAAGCCAAUCAGCGGCAUGCUCUCAAAACCGCACUGGACUGCAUGGGACCCUGUAGUGGAAUAUUGCACCUUUGCCUCCCUCUCGCCCUCAACCAUCGUCUCCCUUCUCUCCCCUUCCAACUUCCCUUUCUCAGCUGGGAGACGUUCAAGCCAAUCAGCGGCAUGCUUCCAGAACUGCACUGGAGUGCAUGGGACCCCGUAGUGGAAUAUCACACCUUUGCCUCCCUCUUUCCCUCUCGCCCUCAACCAUCGACUCCCUUCUCUCCCCUUCCAACUUCCCCUUCUCAGCUGGGAGACGUUCAAGCCGGUCAGCGGCAUGCUACCAGAACCGCACUGGACCGCGUGGGACCCCAUAGUAGAGUACUGCGCCUUUGCCUACGCCACGCACAUCGUGGUCGCUACCCUCCGCCCGCAAUUCCGCUGCCUGGGUCACGUGGCCGUGCGGGGGGCAACGGGAGGAACCUGGCACCGGCGUCAGCUCUUUCUGGCUACCCCCACCUCUGUCGAUUCCGCUGCCUGGGCCACGUGGCAGGCAGAGGGGCGACAGGAGGCACAUGGCACCACCGCCAACUCUUCCUGGCUACGCCCACCUCAGUCGAAAUCCUCAAAAGCCGCACCAACGCCACGCAGAUUGUGGUGGCCACGAUGCCUCCGCAGUUCCGUUGCUUGGCCCACCUGGCGGUCAGGGGCGCCAUGGGGGGGCAUGUGGCACCGUCCAUGCUACCCUCUCCAUUCUUCUCCUCUCUCCCUUCUGCCCCCUCUCCAUCCAGGUGUGUGUUUGUGGAUGCGGGUGUGAGUGCGAUCGACCUGGAAACAAGGAGGCGCAAGGAGGAGAGGAAGAGGAGGGAGGAGGAGGCUAAAGUGGUGGCAGAGAAGGGUGAGCUGGCUCUGCUGGCCAUGGCGCCUCCCAAGACAGAGGAGGCACCGGAGAGGGUUCAGCUGCGGCCUCCCAUGCUGCAGGGCGAGCUGGCUCUGCUGGCCAUGGCGCCUCCCAAGACGGAGGAGGCGCCUGAACGGGUGCAGCUGCGGCCGCCCAUGCUACAGGUGAGUGGUGGUGCACUGCGGUGCAAUCCAGUGCAGCAUGUUACAGUAGGUUGCUUCUUCUCCUGUGAGCCUGGGAAGGGUGAGCUGGCACUGCUGGCCAUGGCGCCUCCCAGGACAGAUGAGGCACCGGAGAGGGUUCAGCUGCGGCCUCCCAUGCUGCAAGUGGUCCGCCUCGCCUCCUUCUCCUCGCCCCCAGCAGUCCCUCCAAUCUCAGCCAUGGCUCGGGCCUGCAGCCUAUCAGCCGACGCCACGUCAGCGCCGCCCGGCACGUCAUCAGGCCCGGGGCUGCUGGACGGCCCCGAGGUGAAGCCGCCCGAAGUGGUGGUGGGCGGCGGGGGCGUGCCGGUGGCAGCCGGGCGGCUGCCGAUGGAGCAGCGGCGGCCGGUGGGGCAGGUGUAUGUGGUGGGGGUGCGAGACGGCGUCCUGUGGCUCGUGGACCGGUACAUGACAGCGCAUGCCAUCUCCCUCUCCCACCCCGGAGUGCGCUGCCGAUGCCUCGCUGCUCAUGGCGACCCCGUUGGUGCUGUCAAAUGGGCGUCCCGCCUGGGCCGAGAGCACCAUGACGACCUGGCGCAGUUCAUGGUGGGCAUGGGGUACGCGAGAGAGGCGCUGCACCUGCCUGGCUUGUCCAAGAGAGGGGCGCUGCACCUGCCAGGGCUGUCCAAGAGGUAUGGUAUUGACUACAGUAUGGUACAUGCAUGUAUGUAUGCAGGGGGCUGGCUCACACAGUUCAUGGUGGGCAUGGGGUACGCGAGAGUGGCACUGCACCUGCCCGGUCUGUCCAAGAGGUUUGAGUACGAGCUGGCACUGUCAUGUCGCGAGUUAAACCGCGCUCUGCACUGCCGCCCUGUGUACCCCUCGGGGCUCCCUGGCCCUUGCUCAUGCUGCUACUGCUUCUUUCCCCCUCCCUCCCCAUCAGAUUCGAAUACGAGCUGCACUGUCAUGUGGCGAGUUGAGUUGGACCACGCGCUGCACUGCCCACCCCAUGUCCCCCCUCGGGGCUCCCUGGCCCCUGCUCAUGCUGCUACUGCUUCUUUCCCCCUCCCUCCUCCAUCAGAUUCGAAUACGAGCUGGCACUGUCAUGUGGCGAGUUGA